AAAGUCUACUCAUCGAUCGCCGAGUGUUGUCGCUCGUCACCCGCUCGCAGUUUACCUCCAAAUUCCAGUCAUCAGAGAAAGUAAGGGUCGGACAAUUAUUUGAGGGUCCGAGAUCGCUCAACUCCGUAGUGUAUUCACGACGUCCUGGGAAGAUAAUUUGCGAUCUGGAAUUCCGACGCUCUUCGACGGUAUUGGCGUCACUGAGCACCAAUGAGCGUCUCGCGUGACUGGUCCUUUUGUCGAAAGCUUGAUUGAAGAGCGUAAACACAACCAGGCUUUGUUCAAGUUCAGCCAAGCAUCAGCCCGAUUGCAGCACGACUCGGAGGCCGGCAUAGGAAUACUCCUGCAAGUAACAAGAAGCAAGACCCUUCGAGCCUCGCAUAAUGGCCGAACAAAAACAAGCCACUGCAGAAGCAGCUCCACCAACACAAACAUCAACACAGUCCAUCGUAGCCUUCCUCGGUCCUCGAGCAACCUACACCCACCAAGCAGCCCUCUCCUACUUCUCUCCAGAAAGUAACAACCCCAAUGGUCCAGACCACGACGACAAAUUUGACCUCGUCCCCGAACCUAGCAUCGCGGCCGUCGUUGAUGCCGUUCGAGACUCCCGCGCUGCCUAUGGCGUAGUACCCUACGAGAACUCGACCAAUGGCGCCGUCGCCGCCACCUUGGACCUGCUCGCCCACGGCGAAGGCGCGAGUCGCGAUCUACUGAUCGUGGGAGAAGUCUAUGUGCCUGUCCAACACUGUCUCCUCGGACGACGACCGCCAGCAACCCAGCAACAAGGACAGGGCGGGCAACAACGAAAUGAAGAAUCACCCUAUGCUCACAUCCAACAUCUCUACUCCCACCCACAAGCCUGGGGCCAAUGCACAAUUUUCCUCUCCACGCAUCUCUCGCACGCGACUCGACAUGAUACCUCCUCGACCUCUCGCGCAGCGGACAUAGCAGCGGAGGACACCUCAGGGGCCUCAGCAGCGGUAGCAAAUGUUCUGGCCGCGACGACCAGCGGGUUGGAUGUGCUGGCGAAGAACAUCGUGGACGAUCCCGUGGGGAACACAACAAGGUUUCUGGUGUUGAGGCGGCGAAGAGACAAGAAGGACUCGGCGAACCGGAGCGCGGAAUCACAACAAAAUCAAGCACCACAGGUCCUCGAGCGACCGUCUACGUCCACGACAUUGCUCUCCUUUAUCCCGAAAUCCAAGGCUCCAUCCCGCGAUACGGGAAUCCUCCCGAUUCUCACAUUCCUCUCGCAACAGCGUUCAUGCCGGGGAUCCGGCGAUGGGCAGCAGCGGACGCCCGCGCCCUACGAAAUCACCAAAGUGCACUCCCGACCGAGCCCGGCAUUCACCUCUACCACCACACCUAUCGUCGAUAGCCCCUCCUACCCCGCGGACACGGCGAGGAAAAGGAAACCAUGGGAAUACACAUAUCUCGUCGAGCUCCUUCGGCGGGAAGGAACUCCCCCCGGCGAAGCAAAGCAAGGUGUUCAUCCGACUAACAGUAGCAACGGCGAGGGUGAAAGCGAGGAUGUCCCUGAUCACGAUCUACAAGCCUUACUCGUCCCAUCAUCGGAACAAGCAGGUCUGCAGAGCUCUUUCGGGGGAGGGGGGCAGGAUGGGGCGCCGGAGAGUUUGAGUGAUCUGGUGGAGAGUCUCCGAUGGCUGGGCACGUGGGAGGAUCGACUUGAUGCGUGAUGCCUGGGAAGGAAGAUCGAUAUGGCAGUCCGGAAAGCGAGUAUCAAACGCGUUCAAGUUCGCGACGAAAGGGGUCGGGCGAAGUCGGAUGGGUGGCCGAUGCAACGUGACGAGAGGCGAGGAAAACGAAAAUUGAAUGUCGAAGAAUUUUCGCGAUUUUUUACGGAUUUUUUUGGAUUGUCUUUCGGGAAGCAUCGAGUUCCAAGAACUCUUCGGUAUCAACGAAUUCACACAAAGCAGACCCAUACCAUCAUUGACGCCAUUCCUCCGCCGCUGCCGCUGCCGCCUUAAGCCU